CCCGUCGUGGUGCUUUUCUUUUCGUCGCAGUAACGAUGACCGCGCAUGCUAUCGAAUCGAAGCCCCGCAAGGCCAUGAAUCCAGAUAGGCUCCGCAAGUUCAUCGACUCACCAAGUGUUGCGAAUGCCACUCGGAACGUCCCAAUGGCGAUUGUAAAGCGCCAAACGCAAGUCACUUCCUGGAAUGGAGAGCAAUGCGACGUUCGCGCAUUCGAGAAGUUAGCACCAUCAGCACAUGUCAUUCUUGCGAAAGAUCUUCGUUCAUGCGCUAUCGGCAAAGGAAAACCUGUCGCGUUGGUGCCCAGCGGCUUGCAGAUCAACGACGUCACCGUCCUACCGAAGGAUCAACAACUCCAAGAUCAGUUAACAGCCCCGUUGAUGACCAAGAAAGAAACGUUUGCUCACGCUGCGGAGAUCGAACAUCGUGCUGUCCCUGGAUCAGUUAUACUGAAAGAAGGUAUUAUGACUCCACAACAACGACGAGAGAGACUGCACUUCGAGACGGAUCAUCUUCAUGCCAAGCGUGCUCUUCAUCGCGCAGACACGAACGAUCGCAGACUCCACCAGAUCAUCAAGGAGCGACAUUCGACUUGUGAUGUGAUAGGCACACAACAAAAUGCUCCUGAUGCAACAAAAAUUCGUGGAGAAGCCUACAAGCCCGAUUUAUUGAGUCACAACGCAACAGGAGCUUCCGGUCGCGAGUAUCAGAGCAAAAACUGCAAUGCAAAUCCUCGGUUACAGCACCACGACAGGCUAUUCAACGAAACACCACUCGACUGGAACCAGCAAAGAGCCCAAAACUUACGCAAUCAAAGCACUGCAGGACGCUCCUUCAACAUCGUGAAUGGCGGUCGAGUGGAGCAUUUCCCACCGACAAUCCCCGAGAAGCAACAUCAGUGGCAAACGCAUCCUUCGGUGUCCAUUCACCCAUAUACUCGUUAAGAACACAGAAUUUUUCAGACUUUCAGCAUAAUUUCAUUUGCUCGUUCCA